AUGGCUAAAGCAUGGGGAAACAUCAAGCAAGUAACAAGGACCAACAUGCCAAUGCUCAAGUUAAGAGUGGUUCGAGUUUUUCAAAGGACUAAUGAAUACUCAUCCUACAAGAACAUCCUUGAAAUUGUCUUUCAUGACAUUGAGGGCGGUCAAAUUACUGGAAUAGUAAGAGCAGUAAACAUCCCAACUUUCAAGGAUGAAUUCGAAGAAGAAAAAGUGCAAGUUACCUCAUCAAAGGAUAUAACAAGGCCAAUUGCUGGAGAAAAUAUUCCAGACAUUGUGGAAUUUCGCAAUAGGGCUGCCGUCGGCCCACUUAAAAGGGCCCGCUUAAUUUCAAAGAGAGAUGUCAUUGUAAAAUCUGAACUUCAAGAAUUAGCCGAUGGUGAUAUUGUUGUGAGUGAUGUUGACUCACUCUGUUAUACUGCUGGGGGAAACGAUAUUUGGGUAUGUGCUACAGUGGAAUCAAUUAUAGAUGAAUGGUGGUACCACUCAUGUAGAAGAUGCACAAGCAAAAUGGAGGAGGUUCAUGGACACUACAAGAUUCAAUUUGGUGUCCAAGACUCUUCGGCGCUUGCGACUUUAAUUGCAUGGAAUAAUGAAUGCGAACCUAUAAUUGGUAGGCCAUGUGAUGCUUUGAGACGUGAAAUCAUGCAAAAGGUGCGAAUUAGACAAAACAGGCGUAAUUUCAAUGGAGCAGAAUCAGCGUUUUCUGUUGUAAGGAUGAUUGCUGAUGAAAAUCUUGUAUCUAAGUACAGUCAGUGGAUUACCGAAAAAGAAGAUUGCAUUGGUGAAGAAGAGGUGUCAACACCUGUGAAAUCUCUCAAAGGUAAAGAGAAGGUUGGAGAGACUUCAAAUACGAAGAAAAAAUUAAUGGAGAUAAUUGAAGAUGAGGCAGGAUUUGUUGCUCAGUCAGCCACUGCCGACAAGGGCAAAGCAAAAGUGACCGAGCAAGAUGAUGAAAUGAAGGACAACUUUGAUUGA